AUGUCCACGCCCAUCUUCUGGUCCACACCCCUCAAGUACUGCCGAUGGGCAGCCCGCGAGCGCCCUGCCCUCUUCUGGUCCGUCGUCAUCGGCGCCACCGGCCCUGCCCUGAUGCCCAUCGUCCCUCCCAUUCGACACUACCUUGGCGACAUUGACCCCAAGCCCGUGCCGACCACCUACCCAGUUCCCUCCGGCCCGAGGAAGCAACUGAGCGGCUACGACGACUAA